GUGCAUGCUGGGAUAGCAGGCAGUAGAGGUCAGAAGAAGUGAUACUUGGAGCUUUGAAAUGUCGGUUGCCGGUUUUACGUCCUUGAGCCGUUGUGUUUUGGCGUUCCGCUCCUCGGCGGGAUUUGUGGCUGUGCGGUAUGCCCAGACAGCAGCAGCUCCAGCAGUUCAAACCAGAAUAAAGAAGUUCCAGGUGUACAGAUGGGACCCAGACACCCCUGGAGACAAACCCCGUAUGCAGACCUAUGAGAUCGAUCUCAAUUCUUGUGGCCCUAUGGUUCUUGAUGCCCUUAUCAAGAUUAAAAAUGAGAUGGACUCCACUCUGACUUUCCGCCGUUCAUGUAGAGAAGGUAUUUGUGGAUCCUGUGCAAUGAACAUAAAUGGAGGAAACACACUUGCCUGUCUCAACAAGAUUGACACUAACCUUAGCAAGCCAAUGAAGAUUUACCCACUGCCACAUAUGUAUGUGGUCAAGGACUUGGUACCUGACAUGAGUAACUUCUAUGCCCAGUACAAGUCUAUUGAACCAUACCUGAAGAAGAAGGAUGAGUCACAAGAAGGGAAGGAGCAGUACCUGCAGUCUGUAGAGAACAGACAAAAGCUGGACGGGUUGUACGAAUGUAUUCUGUGCGCCUGUUGUAGUACGAGCUGCCCGAGCUACUGGUGGAAUGCCGACAAAUACCUUGGGCCGGCUGUGCUAAUGCAGGCGUAUCGUUGGAUGAUUGACUCCCGAGAUGAGUUCACAGAGGAGCGUCUGUCCAAGCUGCAGGAUCCUUUCUCCUUGUACCGCUGCCACACCAUCAUGAACUGCACCAGGACCUGCCCCAAGGGCUUGAACCCAGGAAAAGCAAUAGCUGAAAUAAAGAAGAUGAUGGCCACAUACAAGGAGAAAAAGGCAGCAGCUGUCUGAAACCUUUGUUGUCCUCUUCUUUAACUCCAAGAUGAAAUUCUAUAUUGAUUUUUGAAAGACGCUUUUUGAGGUCUAAUGGGCCAGAACACCAGUUGUCUCCACCCCCAGCAGCACACAUUUCAUUUCAUGUCAUCUGUGUUAGAAAUGUGUGUGUGUUGUGUUGCUGGAUGACUUGGUGUUAUACAAGCGCACAAUUACAGUAUGAAUGCAGGAGAGUGUGUGUCUGAGACUUACCUGUACCAUAACAGAUUUAUUUAACUCCAACUCUGCAGUGUGGAUGGUAAUGCACCUGGAUGACAUUUUGCUUCAGGCUAAAGUUAAAAAGGGCCUUUUUCUUGUGUGUAAACACAUUUUUUGGCUUGCUGCCUUUCAGUUUAGCACAUGGCUCAUAGACUUUAAGUGUACAUGUUCCUUCAGACCCAAUGUACCAUACCGACAUCCUUCUUUGUUUAAAUUUAAAAUAAAUGGCUUAAAUAUGUGAA